AUGGAGCCAUGCGACUCAAGGAGAACCAGUUCAAGGCUCUGUAAGCACUCCGUCAGCGACCACAGGUGCGCCAGGGUCUCCGUGGGCACUUCUUUCGUCUUCGGAGGCAUCGCGGAUGCUCGGGCUCGGUGGGACGACACUGCCAGAUCGCGGGGGGAGGCGCAGGGCGAGGCGGAACGAACGGCGCCCACGGGUCCCCACCACCCGCCCCCACGAAACCAGCCCCAGCGGGCAGCGAACGAUCUGGCCGCACGAGAGAGCCAACGGGAUCAUGCGGCAGGAGAGCAGCAAGAGGAGACACAGGAGCAGCUCGCGGUGCUGUUGGAGACGACGACUCCGCGUUGGAGCGAUGCAGCGCCCUCUCUACGCCAUCCAACCGCCCUCUCUACGCCAUCCAACCGCCCUCUCUACGCCAUCCAACCGCCCUCUCUACGCCAUCCAACCGCCCUCUCUACGCCAUCCAACCGCCCUCUCUACGCCAUCCAACCGCCCUCUCUACGCCAUCCAAACGCCCCCUCUCUACGCCAUCCAACCGCCCUCUCUACGCCAUCCAACCGCCCUCUCUACGCCAUCCAACCUCCCAAGGACUCCAUCCAUCGCACAUGGAGCCCGCUGCGCCGCCCCGCCGCGACCGUAGCGUCCCCGCCGGCCGCGCCGCCCACUUGCGUUUGA